AUGCGCGUCCACAUCUCUAUGCUCGCGGUGGUCAUGAUAGAAGGAGCCAGAUUAAGUACAGACGCGACCCAGACACUGUACCACAGGACUCGCGACAUCGGAACUGUUGCAGAAGGCUAUAAUGUGCAGAGCGAGGGCGCAGAAGCCUUCUUGAGUUCCUAUUGGAUCAGGAGUCAGCACGAUUUCACCAUUCAGUCUAACGCUGCCGGCAACUCAGUGACUAUAGUUUCACAGAAGCCUAGCGAGCACUUUACCCUCGUUGUACCGCCGCUCGUCGAUACCAACACCGGUACAAACGUUCCCUGGAUUGACAGCAGCACUGCAACACGUGCAUUGUUGAUCACGUUGAUAGCCUUACCGUCUCUUUCAGAGUCAAAUCUUUCUCAGCACUCUGAAACAGUAAGAACCACGAGCAGCCCGGCCUCCAUUGGUGAGGUCAUGACAUCGAAAACGUCUUCUUUGGUGUCCAGAAAUACGCUUUCAUUGACCAUCAGCACUGAUGCCUCAACCUAUCUCCUUCUGCCAAGUAAAAACGAUAUUACCACUACUGAGAUGAUUGGUAGAAGUACAUCCGCGCUGGAAUCGAAGGCAUAUAGCGUGGCCUUCAGCAAUUCGUCGACAACAGGCAUGAUUCCAAGGUCAACCAAAUUUAUUCCCUACAUCGCCACAGUAGCUACCCCACAGUCUGUCUACAAGAUUACCUCAACAGUCGCAGCAACUACCGAGGUCACCGCAGCUACUUCGAUCACCCAGAUUAGCGGCAGUGUCGAUGCAACUAGAAACCCAAAGGGCCAGGAGGUUGGGUCCAAGGCCGGAGAAUCGACAGCGGAAAAGUGGACAGCGAUCGGCCAGACUCCUUCUGCUAUAGCAGACAAAACGUCGCUCAGUGAAUUAGCUGGCCAUUCCGUUACCAGUACCAACGCUCUGGAGUUAAACACAAUGACUGGAAAUUCCGUCGCGCGGUCGCGCACUUCAGGUCCUAUUGAUAGUGGUUGGAGCAUCUCCUUGGAGACAUAUCACACUUCAAAAUCUAUCAGCAGGACUGGCAGUUUUGUUAGCACAGUUGGCACAAGUUCACCCCCAUCGGUCCCCAGCUUCUUGAGUAUGAACACCAUCGUAUCGGAUACAAUUCCAUAUGUCACAGAACAAUCAACUUCAGUUGAUUCUACUGAUUCUACAAGUGGAAACGUCUUGGUAACGACCACGGGCAGGCUUUCCGUGUCGACAAGUUCCUCUGACCCAAAGACCGCGAUUCCGCUUUAUUCACCGGGUAGCAGCUCCCACGUCGUAGCUACCAGCAGUGUGACGUCGGUUCCUGCUGGCGUACAUAGCAUGUCCGUUGUCGAAACGAAAGACUCGAGUGCCAUAAGUUCGAUAUCUGCGCUAUGGGGGAGCGUCAGCGAAUCCUUCAUAUUCAGUAUCACCACUGGCGCCUCGCUGCGCACGAAGAGUGCGCCUGAUAUCGAAUCUACAACCCUGAUCAUGACCAUUUCUCAUAGCUUCCCCGUCACAACAAGUCACGUGACAAGGACCUUGCUCAGACCGACUAUCCAAACUUCUAGAUCAACCAGCCCGACUUGGAGACCAUUCGAGUAUCCAAUGACUACCUUCAUUAAAUCACCUAUCUCGGCUAUAGUGGCUAACACAAUUCCAACUCAGACCUCAAAUUCGAUAUAUAUUGUGAUUUCAAUGCCUACCGAAGAACUCACCAACAGUGUCGGUGAUGCUACUUCAUUACUCGCGAUUGGAGCUUAUGAAUCGGGACACGUCCACACGAUCAUUAUCCCGGAACCCACGUGGAGCUCGACUAUCAAGCCGUCUAUUAUUAGCAGGCCGUCAAUCAUUGCAGGACUGGCUGCAAUCUCUGCGAGCUUGGCCGGUACAGGCAUUGAGCCAACAUCUUAUACACCUCGGAUGACCACCUCAGGUUCGAGGAACAUGAUCUUCCAUAUUUCCGCCACGAUUAUGACUCCAAAAAAUGGACACGGAUCAAUAAAUUCUCUGUCUUUGGACACUGUCGCACCAAUCUCGGAGACGGCACAGGUGUCUACGACUGUAGACACCUCGCCUAUUGCCCACACCACAAGCGCCAGUGACACUGAUUUUUUCUUUCCCACCACCACCGCUUCUACUUUGUCACAUAUGGUGUCAGGAAGAUACACUACAUCUGCAGUAUCGAGACCCAUAGUCUCAACAUCUCAAGGCCCUGGGGACCCCAGUAGUUCUACUGGAAACAGCAAGGGUGGUGGUCAUUCUGACGGCAGGAGCGGUCUGGGUAAUACAGAUGGUUCUGGAAAUACUGCUGGUGCCAAUGGAAGUUCUGCCGGGAUUGGCGUUGGCGUUGUUGUCGGCGCCAUAGCCUACGGUGCCGGAAUGUUCUGGAUCGCUCGCCAUUACCGCAGAAGAAGAAGGCUACGUAGACACGGCAAUUUGACUUAUAGGGAGGGAAAAUUUGAUACCUCUAUGAAGCCACCCAAUUCCAACAUUGGUCCUAGUACAAGAUCUCUUUAUCCCAGACAGAAAAUCAGCGCGCCAUUGGGAUCGGAGAACUCACUUGGGUGGUGA